AGCAUCAGCAGCCAGACACUCACAGGGACUUGGCUCUCCUUUUGAAGCUUGCACAUCUCCAGCUUUCCUUUGCUCAGCCAGCGGACAACCUUUAACUCUGCCAAGAUGAGGAAGGCAAUGUCAACCACAAGCUCCACCAGCGUCCGAAGAUCCUACGCCACACCAGUCAGCAGUGUGUCCAAGACCAGCUACGGUUCCAGUUAUGCCUCUGCACCCAGCUACUCUGGUGGUUUUAGCAGCAUGUCUUUGACAAGAUCAGGAAACUAUGGCGGCUUCGGCCAGCAGAGUUUUGGCCAACAGAGUUUUGGCCAACAGAGUUUUGGCCAGCAGAAUUUCGUGCCACAUAUCACAGCUGUCCAGGUCAACGAGAGUCUGUUGGCACCAAUUCCUAACACCUUCGACAAAUCUGUCGAGGUUAUCCGCACCCAGGAGAAGGAGCAGAUCAAGACCCUCAACAACCGCUUUGCCUCCUUCAUCGACAAGGUUCGUUUCCUGGAACAACAGAACAAGAUGCUGGAAACCAAAUGGAGCCUCCUGCAGCAACAAACCACAACCCACUCCAACAUUGACAACAUGUUUGAGACCUACAUUGCCAACUUGCGCAGACAGCUUGAUGGGCUUGGCAACGAGAAGAUGAAGCUGGAGGGAGAGCUGAAGAACAUGCAACACCUUGUUGAGGACUUCAAGAAUAAGUAUGAGGAUGAAAUCAACAAGCGCGCGAGUGCUGAGAAUGAGUUUGUGCUCCUGAAGAAGGAUGUCGAUGCUGCCUACAUGAACAAGGUGGAGCUGGAGGCUAAAGUUGAUGCUCUCCAGGAUGAGAUCAACUUCCUCAGGGCCGUGUAUGAAGCUGAGCUUCGUGAGCUGCAGGGACAGAUUAAGGACACCUCCGUCAUUGUGGAGAUGGACAAUAGCCGUACCCUUGAUAUGGAUGCCAUUGUGGCUGAAGUCCGUGCUCAGUAUGAGGAAAUUGCAAACCGCAGCAAGGCUGAAGCAGAGAUGUGGUACAAGCAGAAGUACGAAGAGAUGCAGUCCUCUGCAGGACAGUGUGAAACAAACCUGCGCACAACAAAGGCUGAAAUUGCUGACCUGAAGCGCAUGAUCGCACGUCUUCAGAAUGAGAUCGAAGCUGUCAAAUCACAGAGAAGCAGCCUUGAGGCACAGAUCAGCGAGGCUGAGGAACGCGGUGAGCUGGCGGUAAAGGAUGCCAGGGCUCGCAUCAAGGCUCUGGAGGAAGCUCUGAGCAAGGCCAAGGCAGAGAUGGCCAAGCAGGUGCGCGAAUACAGUGACCUGUUGAACAUCAAGCUCGCCUUGGACAUUGAGAUUGCCACCUACAGGAAGCUCCUGGAAGGAGAAGAGAGCAGACUGACCAACGGGGGAUCCAGCGCCACCAUCCAUGUGCAGCAAACCUCCUCUGGUGGACUGUCCAGCAGCGGCUCCGGGUUUGGCUUCGGUGGCAUGUCUGGUGGUUACGGUGGUACCAUCACCAAGUCUGUCACACAGCAAAGCAGCUCCAAAAGAUACUACUGAAGUCUUUUAAAAGGAGAGCCACUUACUUGCACUUCAGAAACUUUUUAAAAUCUGUACUAAAUCUCUACCUUUUUCAUGGUGCUAAGCAAUGCUGUCACAUGUGUUCAAGACAAGUCUGAGCAUCCCAAAAAUAAUAAGCAAUUCUUACAACCGGUAACAUUUGUCUGUCCUGUUCAACAACAUAUAACAGAAGUCUCUGAAGGCUCAGGUCUGUUAACAUUGCAAUGUUUUCAUUUUCUUUCUGCACUGACAUCUUAUAAAAACACACAAAAAAAGAGAAACAAACGGUGAUGUGGAGGAGUAAAAGAGAGAUAGUUUGAACAUCUGAACUAUGAUGCUUUUGCAAAAUGUGUUGCAACAAUCUUGCUUUUCGGUUGCCUGAUCUGCUUGAUGCUAAAAUGGAGCAAGUCGCCGACCAAGUCUAAACAUUGGAAAAAAUAUGAAAUUUGAAACAUUUAGUGAAUAAACAUGUUUACAUUUGAAACCUGUGAGCUGAUUGGUUAUCGUCUCGCUCCUUUUUUGUCUUGUUCAAACUGUCAUUCAGUUUUUCCGCCAGUUGCCUUUGACCUCAAAUGAUGUUGAAACCAGGUUUAUUUUAUGGAAGGAAGCAUUCUAAGUGGCUUGAUGCUUGAAUGUUAUUGAAGACUGUAUGAACAUCCCAUUAAAGUAAAUCUGAGAAAAAAAAAACAA